AUGUUUAUGAGAGAUGGUGCUGCUUCUUCAUUGACUUUCACUCCAGCGGGGCACUUCUGGGGCACUUGUAUUCGAUGGGCUACUGUGGAAUGUACCCCAUCCUUUCCGCCCGAACGGGUGUACAAACUUGACCUUCUUCGCAUGGCCCUUACUGAAAUUGCCGACUUCCCGAACCCGAAUACAAAUGAAGGCGUACCGAAAAGGACAACAGAAGGUUCGAUUCAUUCUUCAGAGGUAUCCUACCGUCAACGAAAAUUCAUUUUGGAAUGGGUUAAUCAAUCCCCACCUCCAAGUUUCCAAGCAGAACAAUAUAGGAGCCACGGGAGCUCGGACUUGAUACGCCUCUAUGGCCAAGAGUCUGGCCCUCAGCAUUACCUGAAGGCGGAAGGAGAGCCUCCUCCGGACAGCCCUUUAAAAAUUAACCUCAUCGUUGUCACCAGCCGGAUCUUCGCGCAAUCCCAGUCGAUGCUUGAGUCGCGACGCAGACGAACAUCUUAA